GGCUGGUGAUUACACGCUGGCACCCGGUGAUUGCUGAGCAUCUCUGAUGUGGUGGGGGGGGGGGGGGGGAAACUGUUUGUAAACAGUUCUCUCCCCUGUCAGCUCCUGCACACUGCUUUGCAUGGCUGUGCAUAGCACAAUCAGUGAAGUACAAACACACAGCCCCAUAGUAAAGCACACAGUUAACCCUUUGAUCGCCCCAUAUGUUAACCCCUUCCUGUUCAGUGCCAUUAGUACAGUGUCAGUGCUUUUUAUUAGCACUGAUCACUGUAUUGGUGUCACUGGGGAUGUCAGUGACACCAAGUCAGUUCCACCCAGUGUCAGAAUGCCCACCGCAGUCCCGCAAUAAGUCGCUGA